AUGGCAAGUCAGCCUCCCGAAAGCAAUGGCUUCAACUGGCCGCCGAAUAGACUCUCAGUUAUCCGACGGCGGGCCCUAGUCCUCGCUAGUUUUUGUCUACUUGCCUUCUCUACAACUGUCUUUGUCAGGAUUGUCACGGUUGAGACGGUCAAACUUGAACAACAGGCCUUAAUGAAGCGGCAAUUCCAACUCGGAGGAUUUCUAGGCGGCAUGUUUCGAGAGGCAAUGGGUACAAACUCUUUCCAAACAACGUCGAUAGCGCCCAUGGAGCAAGGUUCCACUGCCACUUCAUGGACAUCAAGCUACACAAUGGAGGCAUCCACAGUGAUAAAUCACAUUCCUGAGUCUUCAAAAACAAUCAUGGAGAUGUCGGGAUCAAGCAGUUAUCAUGGUGACCCCAAUAAACUGCUGGAAACGAUAGCAGCAGCAGUGAAGCAGGCGAUCAGAGAAUCAGAGCAACUCCCGUCCACGACGCCGAAGAAUCUUCAGAAGAGCGUUUUAUCCGACUUGAUUGCAGCUCAGUCCAAUGCAGUACCACUUUCAUCAGACUCGUUGAUGUCAUCUCGUUUAGGCUCUAUGGGAAAUCUCCCGACUCCCACGGUUGGGAUUCUUGGCGGUCUCUCGGGGGGUGGCCUAACAUUACGAAUCCACAAUGCAAGAGCCGUGACGGAGGAGUCUCCGCCAGAAUCUUCUACUGGUGGCCCUUCGUUUUUGAACGAAGUGUCAAAAAUUGUUGCAGAAAUAUCGGAUAUUGAUCCAAUAGCAGCCGCCAAGCUCACAGACACAGUACUUGAUGCUCUUCAUGUGAAUCCGUCUACUGUUGCUUCAGCUAUACCAAAGAUAGCAAAUCAGACAUCCCUUUCAGCCACUGACUUACUCCCAUUCAUCAUUCCUGCUGUUGCCAAGGCUAUGGACCAACCUCUGCCUCCGUUGCCUUCUGUCAGCACAUUGGACAUGGUGGAAACAUUGAACAAGGUUCUCCUGCAAGGGACAACAGUCAUCAAUGAUCUCAGCAGAGCCCUUGAAGAUAUCACAGAUCCAUCACUUCUAGCAGUUCUCAACCAGCUUGCUAUGAUAGUCAGCGCUGUUGCCAGCUAUUUGAAAGAGCCUCUUUGUGCCGUUGAUCGAGUUGUGGACGGAACUUCUUUUGAAGCAGUCAUUCCUUGUGAUUCCGAUGAAGCUGAGUCUCUUACUUCGGCCGGUCAACUCACAACAUUGGCUGCACCUGUGCUGCCCGGAUCAACACCUCAUCCAUCUACUUCAGGAGCAAUCACGACUCUUGCACCACCAAGCCCAUACUCAUCCUCGAAUCCGGUCUCCCAAUCCAAGUCCGCAGCCGAAAAUCCAACCAAAACUAUCAGUCCAUCACCCGUGGAUGGAGAAAAUGGAGGCGGGCCCGCAUCAAACAAUGGUGCUUCGGCUGAAACUACUUCAGCUCACCCAUCAUGCCCUACGUGUCCAUCUUGCGAUCAGUGUGCUCCCAAGAUCUGCUCUGUUCAAGGACCCGAGGGGCCGAGUGCCCACCAACCUCCUGAUCCCUCAAAAGGACCUUGUCCUGGGAAGGGUUACAAGUGUGAUGAAUGUCUUGACGGAUGGUUCUGCCCUCCUCAGGAGACACCAGCGCAGGUUGUUCCUUGCGGCGUUGGAUGGCCAUGCUAUCAUUGUUCAGAAGGUUGGUUCUGCGCUCCAAAUGAAACACCUGGUCCAACGCCCCCUCCAAGCUCUGUGCUAGGGCCGUCUUCCAAAGAUACAGGGAAGCCAAGCCCAAGUAGCGCUACACCCCCGACGAUGCUUCCUAAUACCGAUGAUCUUCCCGCCGACUGGAGCCAUCUAGGCUGUUUCCAAGAUGCUAUAUCUCGCAUAUUACUUGGCGCCAAACCCAUCGACUAUCUUCAGGGGGAUAUGUCUACCAAGGAAUGUGUAGAUCACUGCAUUUCUGGUGGAUAUAAGUUUGCCGGAACAGAGAAUGGACGGGAAUGCUGGUGCGGAACUUCCAUUCGGGAUGAUGCAGUACGGCUUCCUGAAUCUCAAUGUGGAAAGCCUUGUCAAAACCAGCCAACAGAGGCCUGUGGUGGCAGCUGGGCCAUGGAUGUCUUCUUAUGCUCGGACAAAUCUGAGUCACUCCGAGAACCAACUGGGAAAUCUACCGGAGGCUUCAUGUUCCGACUCCUAUCUAACUUCAAGAGCAACAAAGGAGGGGCACAUCGCCAGCCAUUCUAA